AUGUUUUCCAUGGACGAGGCUUUCGACCCCCCAGUCCCCAUUCUAUCUUCAGUCGAGCGGCAGAACCUUUCAGAGAAAGAGCCCAUAGCUGCGGCGGGAAGCAAGAAUGAAAAGUUCGUGGAACAGCCGUUGGGAAAUUCCAUCGGAGACCGCAAUCCCGAUGUCAUCCUCGUGGACUAUGAGGAGAACGACCCGGAAAACCCUUUGAAUUGGUCACCAAUGCAAAAAUGGCUGAUUGUGUUCGCUAUCUCGUGGAUGGGUUUCGUCAGUGUCUUUUCGACAAUGACAAUCACGCCCACGGCGCCGCAGAUCCUGCAAGAGUUCCAUUCGCACAGUACGCUCGACCAGACCUUGCUCGUCACGAUCUGGGAGCUUGGAGAAGGCAUUGGCCCGUUUUUCAUUGCGCCGCUGUCCGAAAGAUUCGGCCGGCUUCCCGUCUUCCACAUUGGAAACCUCCUCGCGCUCUGUUGCCUGGUCGCCUGCGCGCUGAGCGUGAACAUUCCCAUGCUGAUUGCGUUUCGGUUCUUAACGGGCUGCUUCCUGUCGAUUCUCACCCUCGGGCCCGCCAUCAUCGGGGAUUUGUUUGAAAUGGAACAAACCGGCCUGACCAUGGCAUUGGUCAUGGGCACUCCGAUGAUAGCAGAUUUCAUCUCCCCUGUCGCGGGAGCGUAUAUAGCGCAGGACCUGGGCUGGCGAUGGUCGAUUUGGUUAGCGGUCAUCGUGCUCGGAUUCUUCAGCGUGUUCUUGCUGGCCGUGCUCCGGGAGACAUACGCAGUCGUGAUUCUCAUGCGGAAGGCGGAGCGGUUGCAGAAGGAAAGCGCGGACGACGACAAGACGUAUCGUUCCAAACAUCAGGCCCGUGUCGAUACAUCCACCCUAUUCGAAAGCGUUAUAAAGCCGAUGCAGACCCUGGUCCAGUCUCCCAUCCUCAUCCUGACGACGAGCUACAUGGCCGUACAAUACGCCUUGGUUUCAUUAAUCUUUGCCACACUCACGGAAACCAUGGAGUCGACAUAUCCCGCCGUCUUUACUCGUGGCUCUAUUGGUUUGACGUUUCUAAGUCUCGCCAUCGGCAACACCAUCGCUUUGAUCUUCUACAGUCUCACUUCCGACCGCUACGUCAUCCAUCAGCGGGAAAAAAGGGGCGACGCAUUCAAGCCGGAGUCUCGGCUGGUACAUCUGCUCAUUGCCGCAAUCAUGCUUCCUCCAGGCUUUCUCAUCUACGGAUGGGCAUUGGCGUUUCGUAUUCAUUAUAUCGUGCCGCUCAUCGGAACAUGUGUUGCAGGGUUCAGCAUGACGCUUUCCACCCUACCGAUCGAAACAUACGUGGUGGAUGUUUAUAAGAUCCAUGGCGCAUCUGCUAUAGCUGUUGGUGUGAUCUUCCGAGCGAGUGCUGGGGCUUUUCUGCCAUUGAUCGGCCCUCCUUUAUAUCGAAGCAUUGGGUUGGGCUGGGGUAACACUGUUCUAGCAUUGAUCGCAGCCAUCUUUAUCCCCCCGUUGGGCUUGCUGGUGAUAUACGGAGACUGGAUUCGCAGUAAAGAGCGAUUUGGAUCGUCUGUGCGAUAGAUUGAAUGUCGGCUGCAGCAAACGUUAACGUACUUGAUCAGCAUGCGAUACAGAAUCUCUGUCUUAUGACCUAUAGGACUUUUUGGCUCGAGGCUUGGAAAGCUGGGUUGAACAGAGAACUGUCAGUAAGUGAG